AUGUGUCUUACUGCAUUCUUUAUGCCAAUCAUCCACGGAAUAUGGGCUUGCUAUUUUACGGAACCUGACACAAGAAGNGGUGGUGGUGUUGGUGGUGGAAGUAGUAGCAAUUCUGGUGGUGGUGGUGGUGGUAGUGGUAAUAGCAAUACUGGUGGUGGUAGUGGUAGUAGCAAUGGUGGUAGUGGAAGUAGCCAUGGUGGUACUAAAGGUGGAAGUGGUAGUGCCAGUGGCGGUGGCGGUGGCGGUGAUGGCAGUAGUGGUACCAAUGGUGGAAGUGGUGGUACAAAUGCUGGAAGUGGGGGUACCAGCAGUGGAAGUAGUGGUGGAGAUGGUGGUGUCCAGAAAGGAACCGAUAGCAAUCAAAAAGAAGUCAAUGGGGAAAAAGGUGAAAAUGGAAAAGAAACUAACAAUAAAAGCACUAAUYCAAAAAGGAACAUUUUAACAGUGCAUGAAAACAUAACAACUGUUUCACCCACCACAAAAUACAGUCCAUGCCCAGGUGUUUAUAUUGAGCAUGGUCAAUUGCACAAAACUGCACUUAAAGACAAUUAUCGAGUGAAAUGUAACAAUGGGUACCACUUGCACGGUGAUGAUCACCUUGUCUGUCCUAAAAAUGGAGAAAUGAUGGAUCCUAUCCCAGCAUGUAUACAAAUUGCCAACGUUUCCAGAAUCAACAAAAUGGCAUUAAUAUCUUGGGUUCUCAUCCCAUUUGGAAUCGUCAUAUUUAUUCUUAUCAUUGUUAUAAUUAUUCUCAUAAGAAGAAUACUGCAAUCUCAUAAAGAGAGAUUAAAACUUAAACAACAGAUGAAACCACAUGUAAAUGGAAUGAAAGUAUGAUUAAUAGGAGAAUUUUGCAUAUCAAUAAGUCAUGAAUUGUGACUGAAGGAAACUCUUCAAGGUAUCAAGAUAUACGUCUGGAGCUUUAUAGAAAUAUUCUCAGAAUAUGCUUCUGGUCUUGGUAAUUGCUUUGAAUGCGACCAUAAGCGCAAAAGCAAAAUCAAACAUAAAGAAAAAGCGACACCGAAGUUAACUUCCUUGUGGUAUACCAUAUUUGAAGUGCUUGAAAGUCAGACACUCCUCAAAUGCAAACGUCCAUAACAAAUAAUAUAUUUAUCUACUGAAAAUCGAAUAAACAUCUGGAAGAGUCCAGAUCAAAAGCCAAAAAAUAAAAACAUAAUUCUUCAACUUCCAUUUCUUGAAGAAAACGAUAUUUAAAGAWAUAUAAAAGUUCAAAACCGCGAAAAUAAAUUGUAUAGUGUAGUAGUAUAGACAAAUUCAUUUACAUCACAUUUUUUCAUAACAAGAAUUUUCAGUUUAUUUUGAAAUUCACAGUGAAAACUGCAUCGACGCCAUGCUGUUUAGAUGGWAGGAAAAUAUUUUCUUUUUAAGAUAGAUGACGCUCUACUAAAUAAAUUAAAGCGAUUAUGCAGUGGAACCUUUAUUAAGCGGUCACGUUGGGGAAAGACCAGAUGACCGCUAACUGAAACAUAGGUUGAAAGUUGAAUCUAGAGGUCAUGUAUGAGAAUUGGCUUUUUGAGGAAUUCAUAAGUGACCGGUCAAUGGAGGGUGACUGCUAAUCAAAGGCGGAAUGUAUGUAAAUUUGGAAAACCAUACACAAGUUACGAUACGAGAUAUAUAAGAAUUUAUAACAAUACUGAGGUAUAUUAAGGCUUUGGCUGAGCCAAAUUUGCCAUGUUUAAAGAGCUUCUUGUCUUUUCUUUAGUAAUUUAAGAGAGUGAUACUUUACACAAGGUGCGUUCAUGGUUCAAUUAAUAUAUUGAAGUCCAAAUAAUGCUGUGGAUAUCCCCCGAAGCGAAUCUACAUUUAAAUUAGCCCGCCUCGUAUUCAUUUAGUACAUUCUCAAAUAUCACUGUGAUUGAUGAUCAACAAAACAGAAGUUGAUGCGAACAAUUGUGAAAAAAUCUUGCCGGUAACUCCUCAGUCAUUUCAUCAAGUGAAAUCUUCCAAGAGGUUAUUUUCGAUCAACAUGAUGUUGAUGCACAUCAAAGAUCAUCAAAGACCGACAUUUUUCAAUGACAACUAAUGGAAUUCUUUAUACGCAUGAGGAGGCCCACUGGGAACUCCAAUGAAAAGCGGCGAGUUAGAUAUGAUCCCUUCACGUAAAUAUAAGAACUUAUAACAAUAUCAUUAAAAGAAAGAGAAAAAAUAUUUAUAUAUGUGUAAAUUAUAGACUGAUAGACGUAACUAUUAAACAUCAAGACAAAGA